AUGUGUAACCAGGCUAGAGGAGAGGAGUGUCAGGGAUAUAAUGUCUGAGACAUUGUUGAAGUAUUUUCAUCCUUGUCUUGAAAGUUCACGUUGUGUGUGUUGUUUCUGGUCUCCCCUCCCCUAGGUUAAAGAUGAUACCCACUUUGUAGUCUUCUCUAAAGAAGAGGGAUCCGGACUUGGUUUCAGCAUCGCUGGUGGAAUGGACCUUGAGCAGAAGUCCAUAACUGUAAGAACAGUAGUAGAACAGUAGUAUAGUAAAUGUUUAAAAAAUAUAUAUUUUCAUUUGAAAAUGUGUGAUGAAAGAUAUGGAGUAAUUAAUGACAAACCUAGAGUAAACAAAUGUUUUUUUCUGUAUUCAAUGUUGAACAAUUCUUUACUCACCCACUCCACUUACCACCAAUCCAAUCCCUUCAGAUAGAUCGGAGUGCCUAGUGUGUAGGUGCUAGGAGUUGAUUUGGGAUUCAGCUCCACUUCUUAACUCUCCCACUUUCCUCUGUUUGGGGCAGGUCCAUCGGGUGUUCUCCAAAGGCGUGGCCGGCCUGGAAGGUACCAUUCAGCGGGGGGAUAGUGUCCUGUCCAUCAACGGCAGCAGCUUGGAAGGGAUGUCCCACGGAGAAGCCCUGUCCUGUCUCCACCAGGCUAGACUGUCCACUCAGGCCCUGGUGGUCAUUCGCAGGGGGAAGGACAGUGAAGGACAGAAGUCCCCGAGACACCAUGACAACAGGCCUGAGAUGGCUAGACCAGGUACAGGGCUGGUAGGGACAGGAUAG